AAUAUUAUUAUAUGUUGUGUGUUAUAGGCGGAGAAAAAAGGAUGUACAGCUACAGAAUACGGCUUCGUUUUCGGCAGUUUCGAACUGGUGGCAUUCAUUACAUCUCCAGUUUUUGGAAGCCUGAUACAAAAGGUUGGGCUGAAAUAUAUGUUGGUGAUUGGCAUCGUAUUGAACGCUCUGUCGACCAUAGCUUUCGGAUAUUUGACGUACAUCGACGAAAGAAACAUUUUCUUACUGUUAUCGCUGUGCCUUAGGGUGUUGGAGUCUUUGGGCGCUACAGGAGCGAUGGUAGCCGCGUUCUCGUUGACGGCCGUCUCUUUUCCCGAAUCGGUUGCCAGCACUUUCUCCGCUCUUGAAGUAUGUUACGGAAUGGGAUACAUCGUCGGACCAACUCUCGGCGCUUUGCUGUUCGAGGUUGGUGGAUUUUCACUUCCGUUUGUGGUCAUGGGCGUCGUCACACUUGGAACGUCGUUCCUGGUGUGCAUUUUAAUGAAACAAGACGUGCCCAGUCCGACUAAGGCUAAAACAAAAGUAACACACCUCAUGAGCGUCCCUACAGUGCUCGUAAAUUCUAUCGCAACAGUGAUAACAGCCACAGCUAUGGGAUACUAUUCAGCCACAUUGGAGCCACACAUUCGCGGUUUUGGACUUUCAUCGGUAGACGUUGGGUUCGUGUUCAUCAUCAGCGGUGGAACGUACGCACUGAUAGCGCCUGUCGUCGGAUACGUUUGCGACACCGGAUUGAAUCCCAAAAAAAUUAUGAUCAUCGGCACAAUCCUGACCGUCAUCAGCUACUCCAUAGUCGGGCCGGCGCCGUUCAUGCCGAUAGAAAAAUCCAUGUUGUGGGUGGUCAUUGGAUUGGUCAUACAAGGAAUCGCGUUGGGCAUGAUCUGCGUACCCACGUUCGUAGAUUCCAUGACGGCUGCCUUCCAAAGCGGUUUUCCGAACGACAUACACACUUACGGACUGUUGUCGGGCAUCUGGUCAUCGUCGUUCGCCCUAGGUGCAUUUUUGGGCCCGUCGAUAGCUGGCGUUCUGUACGACUUGGUCGGGUUCGAAAACGGCACGUACUUUGAGAUUACGUUGCACAUCGUAUUGGGUAUCACGCUGAUAUUGUUCGUGUGCCUGGAACAGCGGCCUUCCGACAAGUCCGUGGUGAACGGCAUGACCGACUCGACCGUAGGGUUCGCGGGUCGCGGGGACGCAGUUGACCCGACCAGCGCGGCGGCGGUACCGGGUGCCGCCAUGAAGUCUCCCAUCUACACCAUCAACGGGCACCACUCGUUCCGGUCCAGCCACCGGUUCGGUUCGACUUACGGCAGCUUCAGCAACUCUUGCCUGGGCACGUCACUGUCGUCGAUGCGCAUCAACAGCGAGGCCAGGAUCGAAGCCCGGGGCAGCCCGCUGGCCGUCGAGUCCCGGAUCUAGACCGCCACCCUCCCCCACCCUCCACCAAUUCACACCCACCAAAAAAAAAACAACACUGUAUUGUGAUGAUGAUUAUAAUACAACGAUAACGAUGCAAAACGCCAUAAUCCCACCCACACAGUCUCUAUAUGUAGUCUUUACACCGUGCACAUAAUGAUAACAGCAUUAUUAGAUAAGACUUACCCUUACACAUAAUAUAUGCGUGUGUAUUAUCAUUAUAGCCGGUUAUGUUCAACCAUGGACAACACACGUACAUUUGGUCUGAACUACCCAUAUUCAAGAUUAAUAAUAGUACAGCGUACAAUACAUUGUUAUAAACCUGCAGCUUACCCCGCGUGUUUGCCUGGCUAAUCGAAAAUAGUGUUUUAUAGAUAUCGUUCGAGUUGCAAUAUUAUCUCUUCGCACCUAUACUGACUGAGAAAUCGUAUCUCACGACCACGGGCGUAUAAUAAUAUAAUAUUGUAAUCACUGUAUAUAAGAAUAUACUAAUUUUUCGUUUAUGUUUUUGUAUAGGUAUAAUAAUUGUGUACGUAUAACGCGCGGCGCGCCCUUACGUGUGUGUGUGUGUGUGUGUGUGUGUGUGUGUGUGUGUGUGAAUGUAUUUUAUUGAUUUUAAUUCGUGUCUUAUACACAAUGUACACAAUGAUUUUUACCUCUCUCUGUCUCUGUUUCCUCACAGUUAAUCACCCCCGUAAUAAUAUUCAUAUAGAUAAUAAUAAUAAUUAUAUACCUAAUGUACUUAUUAUUAUUACAGAUUUCGUUUUAUUUAUAUAAUAUAUUUUGAAGAAAAUAGAUCGGUUUUUUAUAUUAUUAAUCAUAAUAAAUUAUAAUAUUUUUUCUUCGAGUAAAGAUAAUAUUUUUUUAUUCACGACUAACCGCCCAGUCGUGAUUGCACCACCAAUAAGUAUAUGUUAAAAUAUGAUGAUAAAAUUAUUGAUAUUAGCGAUGUUUCUUACGUAUACAAUAAUAAACACGUAUCGAUUUCCUAUAUAAGUUUGUUUAGUUUUUUUUUAAUGUAGAUAGUGUUUAAUUGUAAAAUAUUAUUAUUGUACCGAUGAACGUUUAUUAGGCCCACAGUCGACGAAAGUAAAAAAUCGACGACAAGUCGAUGCGUUUUAUUAUUUUGUUUUUUAACUUACAACGAUAUUAGUAUACCGCACAAAUGCACCACCACGGACACAGGUCCUUUUCGUAUACAAUAACACCGAUAUAGUAAUGAUAUUAUAUUUAUACAAUAUUAACAAAAUUAUUAUAUUAAUAUUAUUAUAUUACUGCGGUUUGUCCGUAAAUGCCAUAAUAUUAUUAUUAUUUGUAACAAGCGCGUAGUAUGUAUACGUACCUAUAAUAGUACUAUUGUAACCAGUUUUCAGUGUAUGUAAAUAAAAAAAUAUAUAAUAGAUACAUAUUAUUAUUAUGUUAGUGAUUUUAGACGUUGUUCUUUGAAUUAUUAAUUAAGUUACAUAUGUAUAAUAGCCGUUAAGAAAAUUAAAAUUACGUUGUACAAAUAUCAAAA